CUCUCACUUCCUGUGACACAUUUGCAUGCAUAUGCGAGAAUGUCAUGCAUAUCUUCCAGCCUCCAUCAAGUCUGAUUAUCGUCUCCAAUGAUGGAGUCCAACUCAACCUGUCAAUUAGUUAAUUUUGAUUUUACGCACAAAUUUUUGCCCUCCGUCUACGUGACUGUUUUCACUCUUGGAGUGAUUGCCAACUGCUUCGGGCUGAAAUCUGUCCAUGAUAACUGGAAGAAAAUGGGCAAUGUAAAUAUAUUUGUGCUCAACCUUUGUCUGGCAGACAUUUUAUAUCUUUUGACUUUGCCUUAUUUGGUGGUUUACUACGCAUCCAACAGCGAAUGGAUAUUUGGAGAUGUUUUCUGCAAGAUUUUAAGAUUGUGUUUUUGCAUCAAUCUGUACGGCAGCAUUGGAUUCCUCACAUGCAUCAGCGUCUACAGGUAUCUCGGCAUCGUGCACACUUUGAGAGUUAAAGGCAGAAUUGCAGCCAAACACUCUGUGGUGAUUGUUUCGCUGGUCUGGUUUUUUGUUUUUCUUCUGUGUCUGCCUGAUAUGUUUUUUGACAAAACUUCCAGGAACAAAACAACUUGUUUUGACACAACUUCAGACCAGUACAUUAGGGAAUACCUGAAGUACAGCAUCGGAAGGACGGUUGUUGGAUUCGGGAUCCCGUUGUUAAUCAUGUUAUGCUGCUACGGACAUGUGGCGUUUACUCUGAUGACCAAGAAAGACAUCGAUGUUAUCUUGAAGCUGGGGUGUAUCAGGCUGGUUGUCGUUCUCACGCUGCUCUUCUCUAUUUGUUUCAUUCCUUAUCAUAUUUUUAGAAAUUUCAACUUGGCAACUCGAAUCUCCAAGCUGGACGGCUCGUGUCGGAAAUGGUAUUCUGAUGUGUACAUCGCAAACCAGGUUGGUAAUGCAAUGGCAUGCAUGAAUAGUGCCAUCAACCCACUGGUUUACCUCUUUAACAGUGAUGAACGGCUAAUGAAGUGUUUUAUGAGGUGCAGACGAGCACGCCAAAAAUAUCCUGAUGUCUCUCAGACGCAUAAUAUUGAGAGCAUGGCCAUGAAAUAGAGAUUCAUGUAGAUUCUUUGUAUGAUAACUGUUUUUCUUGCCUCGAGGUCUACAGUGAGUAGCCUACCUUCAAUGAUUAUUAUCUCGUUCAUUUUGAGGUUACAUGCGGUUAUGCCCUCCAUUUCAGUAGGCGAGCCUACAUCUUGUGACGGGAUGUGAAUUUAUCGCUUCACUGGAUUAGUUCAAACAGAACUGAGUUUGUUCUUAAUGUGUUCUAGUUCAAAAAGCAAGGACAUGAUUAUGCUAGCUAAAAUUCCGUUCUUGUAACAGCAUGGAGUGAAUGAUUGAAAACACAUUUUGCUUCAUGUUUGCAUAGCCUACAUGUUUUUAUGUGAAGUAAAUUCAGAAGAACUUCAUAACUGAUAUUUUUGAGUUAUUCAUUUAUCAACAGCAUUGCUCUUGUUUUCAUACAGUUGUUUCAACAGUUGCUAUGUAAAUAAAACAAAAACGAUAUUUUGUUAUUACACUGUGGCCUAUUGCAACUGAACCGUGCGGCAACUGAAGCCACUUUGCCUAAGGUAGGCUAAAUAUCAAUUAAAUACAAUAAAAAUGGGUUCACUUGGAACAAGGAUAAAUGUGGAUAUAUUUUGAUAUUUAGCAUAAUGUAUAACAAUUCUAGGAGCAUUUUAGUUUACUUUUGUAUGAUAAAAAUUACUGUGUUGGGUCAAAACAAAAGGUAAUAGUAUUUCUUUAGCCCAUUAUUAUCUUUGUCACAGUUUGUAAAUAUUAAUUAUUUUUUGUAUAUCUUUGUAUUUUUUUUAGCAUUGAGUUUUUUUUAAACACCAUGCACCACAAAUACUGUUAAGAUCAAGUUGAUUGUAAAUCAAUAAAUAUUUUGGAAAAAAC